AUGAGCAUCUUUGGGACUGACCGGCAAAAGAAAUCUGUCUUUCGUCGGUUCGAAGAAUACAGCACUCUGGCUGACUUGGGCUAUAUGGAUGGAGGAAUGGGUGGCUAUAUCUCAACGGCGGGUGAGCAGACAAUGCCUUGAGGUGACCGAGAAGCGUGGUGGUUACACUCAUUAUUAAAUCAUUGAUGAAACAUUACUGUUGUUUUGAAACUUGAAUAAAGUCAUUCUUGUUAAUUUUAAAACUGGGUAUUUUUGUAUUCAACGGAGGCUAUUAAUAUAAGUCAUUCUUUAAAGCAUGAAUGACCUCAUUCUUCAAGCUGCAUUAAGCAACUACCAUAGGUGUGAUUAUCAGGUAAUCAUUUAUUCAGAACUUAUGAUGAUAUACUGUAUUUAGGGGGGAACUUUCAGCGAGGCCCUUAUGUUCGCAAUUCACAAUAAAGUAUUUCUGUACCCCGACGUAGUAGAGAGGUUAAGAUUGACGUUUACGGAAGACUGGUAACCGCUAACUUCAAGCACCCUCAACCACCUUAGUGUUGUAUUCAACUUUUUAACUUCAUAGUGAUUCCUAUUAUCCGAGCUAUCUGCCCAAGUGAGGGUUGGACUAGUGGUGGAACGAACGUUCUUGUCAUUGGUGAACAUUUCUUUGAUGGUCUUCAGGUUGUCUUUGGGUCUGUCAUUGUCUGGAGUGAGGUAAAUGUUGUUCAUGUAUAUUCCUUCCCAGAAGCGUUACCGAAUAAAUAUUAUACAUAAAAGUAUUACUCAUCUGUGAUUGGUUGAUUUCAGUGCAGUUAAUCCCAAACAGCAGUGCUAAAAUCUGUAAUCACAGUGCAAUUUUCUGUAAUCACUAUGAACCAAUCAAAAUUGAGCUAAGUUUUGGCGGGCAUAUUUUUCAAAUAUUCUUUUUUCAAAACAAACAUGGCCGCAUUUUUAAUAGCUGUGCGGAAAGAUUCCCACACUUGGGUCAAGUUUGGGAAUCUCCAAAAUUGAUAUUUAUCCAAAUUUGAUUGUCUCGAAUACUUUUUUGUAAAUUAUUAAUAAGUAAUAGUAUGGUUUCUCGUGAAAUUUGGAUAAACAUGCAAAACUCACUCGUGCAUGUUUCGAAAUCAUGCCAUUACCUAUACAAAGUUCUUCAAGAUCCAGUUGCAAAUAUCUGGGUAAAACAUAUGCAUCAUGCCAUUUCUUUUCAGGUCAUAACGCCUCAAGUAAUUAGCGUCCAGGCUCCACCGAAAGUAACCCCUGGCACGGUUGAUGUGACCCUGUCAUUUCGCAAUACACAGUUCUGCAAGAGAGCACCUGCUAAAUUUGUAUAUACAGGUAUAGUGAUAAGAUGAAAAAGCAUAUAACGAAACAGACUUCUAAUGAAAAGGACGGUUCAAAAUAUUGGCUCGGCUUCAAGUCGAGUAGUAGUCGAGUUCAGGAUGUCACUAUGCAUGGUUGAAUACUGCUAAAGAAUUAUACGUGACAGAAUUGACCGGUGUAAAUAUUAUAUUUUAUAUAACAUCGAUAUAUAUUUAAAAAUCUACUGGCUCGUACUCACAGAGAAAGACAUACAUACCUACCAUGCAUGUUAAGGUCAAAGUUAUUAGCGUGUAGACCAUUUUCAUUAUGAUGGUCUUAGAAGGGCUCAUUUUAUUCUGCCGAAGCCAGACUUGCAUGCAACCUCGUUCCCAAAGAAAGAUCCUGGGUACGAGGUUGACUUGCAUGCCGGGACACUGGAAAACAGUCUGUUAGUUGUUGUCUUUAAUGCAAUAGAGUCAACUGACGUGGCUUCUACUUUUGGACAUAAUAAGUUAUUUUUUCAUUUUUAUAGCUUUAAAUGAACCAACCAUCGACAACGGAUUUCAAAGGUUGCAAAAAAUUGUUCCAAAACAUCUUGGUGAUCCAGACAGCUUACCAAAGGUAUGCAUACAUAUUUUGUACAUUGGUUGUUGUAAUGUUUGUUGAAACACAAGAACGGCCUUGACAUGACGAUUAAAAUUGUUUGGCAGCAUUACAGUAUAUUCUGUAUUAUACCAUUGUUUUGCCCAGUGGUUCAUUAAGGCCUGUUUUAUACGUCGAAUUUUGGUCACGUCGAAUGCAAUUAAGACAAUAGAUAAUGAGUUGAUAAACCUCAUUAAGCUUCAUUAGAGAGUUUAAGCUUUGCGUUAUACGUCAAACGGUAAACGCCAGUCAAAGAAAAAUGUCACGGUUUCAGGCAAUAAAGAGUAAAUGAAAUUGUUGUUUUAAAACUGAAAUACACAAUUAUUCUUUCGACGCAAGAAAGAAAAUAUGAAACGAAAACGUUCAACGAAAAGUUUGCCAAGAAAGUUCGAACGUGCCGUUUGCCGUUCCCGGAAACGUGAAGCUUAAACUCCCUAUUAUCUAUUGUUUGAAUUGCAUUCAACGCGACGUAUAAAACAGGCCUAAGGUAUUGCAUUCAAUUCGACGUCAAACAGGCCUAAGGUUGAUUGCAUGCAGACACUAUAAAGACAGAAAAGUUGUGAAGAAGAAUUGCAGUAUAUUAACAUUAAGCAAAAUAAACGAGACACCCCAUGCUCCCGCACUCUCCCCAAUGUUGGUUAGUGACUGUUAGUAUAGUUUCAGGCCUUCCUUUUGAAUUUCGACCUCAAAUAGCAACAUUGAAUGGGGGAAAGGGGAUAAACGUUAAAAAAACAUGGUGGCUAAUUCUUACUCAUCUCGAAAACAAUGGUCGUUAAAGAGAUAGCUUCAACACCUUGAACAAGAUAAAUCAUUGUCAUUGACACGUGGUUCAUUUCUAUUUUCUUAAGGAAUUAAUACUAAAGAGAGCAGCAGAUACCUUGGAAACUUGUUAUCGUUAUUCCCGUCCUCGUCCAAGUUACCCCAAUUCUAAAACCUCUGGUGUAUACACAGCAUUGUAUAAAUCACCACUAAAUGAUAACGUACCACCAUACAACAAUAUUAGUGCUGGUUUUUUUAUAAACCCAACAAGUUCUCAAAAUGGUUGUACGUAUGUCAGUAAUCAAGUCCCAACUCACUUACAGAGCCCUUCAUUCCUGAGCUCGGCAUCAUGUUCCAACACCACAGAUGAGAACCGUAUAAUUGUGAACGGUACAAGCGGACCAUUACCCAGUGUUUCAACCCUAACAACAAGUCGUAAUAGUACUGGUUCACAUCUAGAGACUGAUAAUCAACAGCUAUCACCGAUGCUAUCACGAGGACCGGGGAACUCAUUCUGUGCUGGUUACUCGAAUUUUCAAGUUUCUCCUGGUACGGUACCAUCGAAUUUUGGAAUACCAGCGUCACCAAGUAUGAUGACUGGAGCUACAGGUUGGUUGUUAAAUGUCUGA